CUGUCAAUUUGUCCAGAAGAAGAGGUACAGUCAGUGCGCAACUGAGCAAUUAUAACUAACUCAGUUUGUGCAUUGCAUUCGAAAACGGUGCGUCUGGUCUGAUCAAGAGAAAUUGAGAGCGAGGAAACUUGAAAGGAAUGCGAAGGUUUUGCAUUCUGUAGCGGUGUGGUUUCCCGAAGAGCAGGGGGUGUACGGCCAGUGCAUAUUUUUCCAUUCAAAGGUGUGUGCCUCCCGCCCCGCGCCCCACCACGGCCCUCACCUGUGUGCUGCGGUGCUUCCCCUGCGAGCCGUCCUGGGCCGGCAGCCCGUUCCUGCACCGCCCCCCCACCCCGCCCGUGGUCAGGAUGACGCGCUCCAAGACCUUCCAGGCCUACCUGCCCAGCUGCCACCGCACCUACAGCUGCAUCCACUGCCGCGCCCACCUGGCCAACCACGACGAGCUCAUCUCCAAGUCUUUUCAAGGGAGCCAAGGCAGAGCGUACCUCUUCAACUCCGUGGUGAACGUGGGCUGCGGUCCAGCUGAGGAGCGGGUCCUGUUGACGGGGCUGCACGCCGUCGCCGACAUCUACUGUGAAAACUGCAAAACCACGCUGGGCUGGAAAUACGAGCACGCCUUUGAAAGUAGCCAGAAGUACAAGGAGGGCAAGUUCAUCAUCGAGCUGGCCCACAUGAUCAAGGACAACGGCUGGGACUGAGCAAGGCAUGCUGGGACAGGGGUGCGAGGAGCUGGCGGGCGGGGCCGCGCUGGGUCAGGGGCGGGGCCAGGGAGAGAGGGGGCGGGGCUAGGGAGAGAGGGGGGCGGGGAGUCUGCGUGCGGCUGCGUGUGCGAGCUUUGGUUUGGUGAUUCCUCCAUCUCUGACCCCCUCCCUCCCUCCCUCCCUCUCUCUCUCCCUCACUCUCUCUCUCUCUCCCCCCCCCCCCCAAAUCCUCAUUGCCUGACACACUCCCGUAGCUCCAGGGGUGGAGCGGGUGAGGGGGGUGUUCGCCCUUGGGGGGCCUGUGCCAGGCAUGGGGUGGUGCUGGAGGCCCUCCCCCUGUUCCUCUGGGCCAUGCGUGUGCGCGUGUGUGUGCGCGCGUGUGUGUGUGGGAGUCGCUGCAGUCCGGUGAUUUGGGCCUCCCCCCCCCCUCUCUUUGCUUUGGAAGCGCUCCCAGUGCGCCACGACGUGGUCCACUCCAGAGUUUACAGGUAGCCAGGCCCAAACGGACGUCGGCGUUUGAGCAUAGACAGACACGAGGUGACGAAAUAGCAUGCUUCUGCUGUUCCAGCUCGAGACUGCGUUUCGCGAUCUCCGAGACGGAUCGAAAACUGUUCGGCCGUUCCUCAAGGGAAAAAAAGAGGAAAAAAAAGAGAAACUCUCGUCGUUUGGGUUUUUAUUUAUUCGCGCAUGUGUUAAAUUAUUGGUGUAUUUAUGUAUUUAUUUGUCGUGGUGUCGGGACGGUCCCCCGGUGUUCAGCGGUAGCAGUGGUUCCAUUGUCAACACUUCCAACGGUAGUGACCUCAACGCGUCAGGAGGUGUCCUUCAUUGGUCUUUGCCUUCAUAACGUGCCGUUGAGAUCGUACGGACGCAGAGUGAGGCUUCCUCAACUGCCGAAAUGGGCGGAGCAGUCAGCGUGCUAUCAAGGAUUUGCCGAUUUUAAACUUGCUUUUGUGUCAGGCAGUUCAAAGUCUUUUGAUUGGUCGAUACGAAUGAUUGACAGCGCAUUUGUGGCUCUGACCCAUUGCGGGGCUGGUGAAGCCUCUCUCUGCCAUCUGCUAAUUGCUGAGCUGGAUGAGGGCGGAACAAAGCUCUUUUCAACACGGAGGCCAGGAAAGAAUGGCACAGUCUACCCCCCACCUCACCCCCCUCCCCAAUGUUCCCAGUCUCUGCAGUGUCUUUACAACCAGCUCAGAACAUCACAGGGGCGCUAACGCGAUCAGCUCCUACAGCAUGCCACCCAUUAGGAGACCGAUGGACGGACGGACGGACGGACGGGCAGGCAGACAGACAGACAGGUAUUCUACAGAAUGUACUGAGACGAUGCUGAGGCUGUUACUGAAGGGCCGAGGGUCUGGUCUGAGGUGCUUUCUCGGUCGGGGAGCUCUUGUGUUUACCGAGGUCAGCCCACCCCACUGACUCGUCCCCGAUACGACGACACGACAACGAUAACCGCACCGCGACUGCUAUGGAAACCGAAUCCAUCAGUAGCCAUUUAAAAAAAGAAUAAAAUCCAUUAAAAACAAAUAAAAAUAAAUAAGAAACUGACUGGCGGUGGAGACACCCAAUCACAGGCUGAUAAAAACACCCAGCACUACCAAAGAACCCACCUACAGUAAGUUGACCAAUCAAAAUACCUGGGGUAAUUUUGCUUGGGCACAAAGUGUUCCGAAAUAGAAGGUUCUGGAUUGGCUGAAAGCCAUCUGUGAGCGUAGUCCCUUCUCUGUGACAUAAUGCAUUGUUUGCUUUUGUAAAUGACUGAUGUUAAAUAUGUAUAUUCACCAUGAACAUUAUGAGCAUUAUACUAUGUAAUACGAAAUGUAAAUAGUCACAUUCAAUGUUUGUUUAUUUAUUUAUUAUAACUAUAGUAUAUGCUGUGCUUUCUGUCUUGAGCCCCUACCGGGGACAGUUAUAUUUGCUACUUUUUUACUCUUUAAAAAAUGUUUCGAUUUUAGUGUUUUUGUAAGGGAAGGAGAGAUGAUUACAAUAUAUUGCAACUUUAUCAAUAAAAUUACUCAUGUUAUCAAGCCCA